AUGCGCCCAGGCGACCCGAUGGUUGUAAGAACACCGACGGGGCAGGAUUACAUGGCGGUGAUCCCGCAGGGCGUCGGCCCCGUCUCACAAUUUCAGACCAUCUUGCCGCGCUCGGGCGGCACUACCUCAGGCGUGGCCGCGGCGAUAGGAGGUGGUGACGGCGAUGGGCAGCCGCACCCGGCGGUGCCGGCUGGUCACCAUGUAAUGCUUGUCGAUGAGCCCGAGGUGGCGGAAGAGGAGGCGGUGGAGCUGGCGGCGGCGCUGGAGGACAGUAUGAGACUGGACAAUCAGGCGAAGGGCGCGCCGAAAGAGCAAGGGGCGCCAUCUUCAUCGGCCGAGGUGGCGCCAGCUCUGAAGGAGGAGGAGCCGCCAGCCGACUUCAUCUGCCCCAUCACGACGGAGGUGAUGGCCGAACCGGUGAUGGCGGCCGACGGGCAUUCGUAUGAGCGGCGGCAGAUUGAGCGCUGGCUCACGACCAAGUCGACGAGCCCGCUGACGGGCGGCGAGCUCGAGCACCUCUUCCUCACCCCCAACCACUCACUUCGCCGGAUGAUCCGGGAGUGGCAAGAAGCGCAGCGAUGA